CCUUACGCGAACCACUCUACCGCGUUCAUUGUUCUGCUUUUGAAUCUUCGUUCUCAGCCUCACUAUACUCGUUAUAUAUACGCGUCUCAGGUCGAAAAAUUAUAUAUACGCGUCCAUCCUCAUCUCCUUCUCAUCAACAAAGUCACCUCCUUCUCCGUCAUCCAUCUGUGCACCUCUCAUCUUCCCAUUCUCUUUCAAUUGUCAUAACGUUCCAAGGGAAGGGUAUAACAUGGCUGAUAAGCAACCCCAUUUGAACGGCGCCUACUACGGUCCCUCCGUUCCCCCGGCCGAGCAACCCCACCCCCGCUAUCGCCGCGGCAGAAGCUGCUGCUGCUGCCUUUUCGGAUUCUUCUGGAAGCUCCUCGUCGCCCUCAUCGUCAUCGUCGGCCUCGCUAUCCUCAUCUUCUGGCUCAUCGUCCAACCACGCGCCUUCAAGUUUUACGUCUCCGACGCCAAGCUCACCCAAUUCGACUACUCCGACAACACCCUCCGUUACGACCUUGUCCUCAACUUCACCGCUCGUAACCCUAACAAAAAGCUCAGCGUCUACUAUGACCGAGUGGAAGGCAGGGCAUUCUACGAGGACCAGAGGUUCGACGCCGUCGACGUCAUCACCCAUAUGAACUCUUUCCGACAGUACACCAAGAGAUCUGACCCCAUGAGCGCCUACUUCUCGGGCCAGCAUGUGAUGCCGCUGGGUUCCGAUGAUCUAGCCCAGUACAAUGAAGAAAAGGCAAGCGGGGCUUUUAACAUAGACGUGAAGCUCUACUUCAGGAUAAGGUUCAGGCUAGGCGAUGUCAUAUCCGGCGACUACCAUCCCAGGGUGAAAUGUGAACUCAAGGUUCCUCUCAGUUCUAACACCACUACUGCGAGUGGGUUUGAACCCACUAAAUGCGAUGUCGAUUUCUGAGUUGUGCGUCCCCUCCUGCAACGGGAUUGGUCCUCCUGCAAUGGGAUUGGUUUAUCCGAUCCUCUCUUUUUCUAUCCUUCUUGUGUCAUUUUAUUUGAUUAAUUCUUUGGCCAUGGGCGCGGUAUGCACAUGAUUAUGCGGCACAUUUACGUGUUAUCAUUUCUUACAUUUAUUUAUUUAUUGUUUAUUUACAAAUAUUGCAUUAUUGUUAUACGUUGCCUGGUCAUUUUGGGCUUUGCCACCAAAUAAUAUGGGAUGUUAAAGUUUCUGUUUAAA